AGCCAUUUGUAUAUUUUACGUUUUGUACCAGUUGAGUAACUUUGCGACGCUCCCUUCUUUUUACCCACGACCUUUGACCUUCGUCACGCGCUUCCUGUAACAUGCAGUGGGUAAUAACAAGUGGCAUCGGGACACUCAGACACGCUUACAGUUUGAAAGCCGUGCUCGUGAACUUGCCCAGGUCUGUAGCUUGUAGAAACAUGUCGUCCGCAGUUAAAAGACCGGUUACCUUGUUGGGAACCAUGGCGUUCGGCGGGCGAGCUGACGCCGAGCAGAGCCGGGAGAUGGUGCAGGCUUUCCUGGACAGGGGACACAAGCAGGUGGACACAGCGUUCAUGUACGUGGAAGGAAAGUCGGAGACCAUCAUAGGAGACAUGAACCUUCCUAAAACAGUGAGCAUAGCUACAAAGGCUAAUCCCUGGGAUGGAAAGACGCUAAAGCCAGAGAGCGUGCGGUCCCAGCUGCAAACCUCCCUGCAGAGGCUGCACACUGACUGCGUGGACCUCUUUUACCUGCACGCUCCUGAUCAUCUGAACCCCAUCCAGGAAACUCUGAGGGCCUGCAAUGAACUUCACAAAGAGGGAAAAUUCAAGGAGCUUGGGCUGUCAAACUACGCAUCAUGGGAAGUGGCUGAAAUCGUGUGCAUCUGCAAGCACAACAAUUGGAUUGUCCCCACUGUGUAUCAGGGAAUGUACAACGCCACAACAAGGCAGGUGGAAACGGAGCUGCUGCCGUGUCUGAGACACUUUGGAAUGAGGUUUUACGCAUACAAUCCUCUUGCAGGUGGCCUCCUGACAGGGAAGUACCACUACGAGGACAAAGAAGGCUCUCAGCCUUCAGGACGAUUCUUCGGUAACAGCUGGGCUGCAGCUUACAGAGACAGAUACUGGAAGCAGAGUCAUUUCCAGGCCAUAGAUGGGGUUUUCAAGGCUUUGGAGACCGCAUAUGGAUCAGAGAAACCCUCCAUGACUUCUGCUGCCAUACGCUGGAUGUACCACCACUCCCAUCUCAAGGGCGAUCUUGGAGAUGGAGUCAUCAUCGGCAUGUCAAACAUGGAGCAGCUUCAGCAGAACCUGACUGCAGCAGAAGAGGGUCCUCUGGAUCCCACGGUGAUCGAUUCCUUCAGGGAGGCCUGGGACCUGGUGGCCCACGAGUGCCCAAACUAUUUCAGAUGAGGAAAGGGACUUCGUCGGGGGGACUUGCUUCCAUUCUUCACCAACUCGAGACAUUUCAGAGAAAACUAAUCUGCGUAAGCGUUGCAUUAAAUCACAGAUCGUUUAACUGCUGAUGAGGAAACACGUCUUUGUAUAAUGUAAAAUUCUUUACCGUGUAUUUCUGUUUAAAAAAUAAAGUAAUUUGUAUCAAGCACAAAUA